UACAAAACACCCCAUCCCAUGCCAGGAGCUGCAUAUCCACAGCUGGCUCCCUCUGCUCACCCGCCCAGCCAUGGACAUCUCCCUGCAUGCCACGCUUGUGCUUGUACUCUGUGGCUGCCUGCAGGGUGCAUGGGGCCAGGCCAAGAUCACCGUCAGCAAUGGAGGGAAAUGGGGGACGUGGGGCCCAGAACAGUCCUGCCCCAAAGGCAGCUUUGCCGAUGGGUUCGCCAUUAAGGUACAGACACCCCAGCUCACUGGGGAUGACACAGCACUGAAUGGGAUCCGGCUGUCCUGCUCCGAUGGCACCACCAUCCAGUCCAACGUGGGGCCUUGGGGCCACUGGAGUCAGAUGAAGAAAUGCCCCCCGGGGAAGCGGCUGACUCAGUUCCGCCUGCGGGUGGAGAAGUGCCAGGGUCUCAAGGAUGACACAGCAGCCAACAACAUCAAGUUUUACUGCACGGAUGGGACGGAGCUGCAGGGGGCUGGGCGGUGCUGGGGAACGUGGGGUCCCCAGAGCCUCUCCUGUGGCCAGAAUGGCAUCUGCUCCAUGGCCAGCAGGGAAGAGGCCCCCCAGGAGAAAGGUGACAACACGGCACUGAACGACGUCUACUUCAAAUGCUGCAGCGAGACCCCUACUUUCCAGUCCACCCAGGGCACCACUCCCAGUUCCACCACCACAGCCCCACAACUACAAUAAUUUAGCUGGGCUCAUUGGGCCAGCCCAGCCCUGUGUGUGGCCCCCUUUGCCCCCCAUAAAGCAUUUGUUCUGGUCCUGA